AUGAUGCACAACUCGUUCAAGUUGCUGUCAUACUUUGGUUAUACGGAGUACUUGUCCCGUCGCAUUAAUGCCGAGCCUCAAAACAUCGAUCUUAUCAACUUUCAUAGGGACUUUAUUCCAGACAUUACCAAAUAUCCUGCCAAUAGCAAAUGCCAUUUUACCAAUAUUGAUCAUCGUUUGGUUGGUCUGGCUGAUAUAGCCUGCAAACAUGGUCAUAUUUCAAUAAUCGAGCUACUCAAUCAGCAUCCCGAUAACGAACGUGGUUUGUUCAGCACCAACAACAUGCUCGUCAAGAACGGACAUUAUCACAUUGCCAAAUUUCUCUUCCACCAGAGAGUCAACAAGGAGGGAUUCACAUUGGCUGCUUUCCAAGAGGCUGCCAAAUGUCAAGAUUACGAAUUACUGGAGCUUCUUGUUAGCAGCUGGGCUCCCAAUACGCGGAAUCCAGUCAUCGAUGUAGCAGCGGCGCAUGGCCGUCUAAAAAUGUCAUUCUACUCCACAAUAAGGGAUAUAGCUGUACAAGCGAGGCAAUGCACGCUGCAGCCACCAAUGGCCACUAUGACGUCGUUAUCUUUCUGGACAAAAAUAGAUUGGAAAGCUGUAAGAGGGAUACAAUGCAAAAAACACUUUCAAAUGGACACAUAG